UUGUAUUUUCUGGCGCUGGGUGUCCUAAAGUCAUCAAAUAGGUGUGAUAAGAGAUUAUUAUUUAUACCUGAGAAAAUCAAAAAUACAGCCUGAUGAUACCAUUAAAUAAACUUUUUUAAAAAGACCACUUAUUAGAGAAUGUCCAAGGAAGUGAUAAUAGUUUUCGUGUACGAUAAGGAAAAGUGCCAGGAUGAAGCUGAUGAUCCAAUCAGUGCUGUUGCCUACUUUCAUCCCACCUGGGUGUCUGACACUCAGAAACUCACCCUCUGUGGCCAAUUGAUGGGAGUUUCCCAUUUCCUCGAGCUCAACUUCAGUCAACCCCGUAUCAUCUGCCUCGAGAAUGGGAAAUUCGUUAUCAAAGACUUUGGGAGAUUUCUUCUUGCCAUUGGAACGGAUCGAAAUGUUUCUGAUUCAAUCUUGGAACAUCGAGCCAAAUUGCUAACAUCGCUAGUCAAACUAUUUCAUCGUGAUUUACAAAAUAUCUUCGAUCAGUGCAUGAGUGUUUCCGGGCAAUACAGAAACUUCUGCACAAAACUCUAUUACAUCCUUGAAACCUACAUCUCUACCAUUCAGUAUAAUGGAAACAUCUUUCAAAAUGUUCCAACGCUAAAACUCCCCACGAGCGCUAGCAACAUAUUCCUGGAUGCUAUGCAGACAUUGCAAUGCUGCCAGCAGAGCAAAGGUGUCCUGGGUGGUACAAUUCUCUACCAAAAUAAGAUUAUCGCCACUCAACUAUCCCCUACGCUUUCAAAGCACAUUGUCCUAACUGAUCCAUAUCGAAUCAAGUCCACCGCAGAAGGGAUAUCUGUGGGCUUUCACGUGCCCGUUGGUGUUCAACUGAUAGUCCUUUACAUUCCUUUAAACGAAUAUCUUCGACUAAAGCAAGAUUCCACUAGAGCUCAGACCUCAUUCACUCAAAUCGCCAGCUCAACAAUUUUCCCGGCUCAGAUAAAGCGAAAGAUGAAACGAGAUAAGUCUAUAAUCUUUUCCAACAUCCCAGAAGAGGAAGCAAUGGCAAGUAUAGCGGAAGAUAGGGAAGAUGUAAAGCCUAGACCGGUUAAAUCCAGGCCGACUCAUUUACCGUUGCGUUUUAAGAAUGUUUCCGGAAAGGAUAUUCCUGAAUCUGGGAUAAACUCAAUCACAUUUGAUGACAAUGAUAGCUUUCCCCAGUUCAUUGGGAAGACGAGUGUUUGCUCAACGCCAAUAGCUGAGAACAAGAUUCUCGUGGGAAAUGUCAUGCCCAUCUGUGCCAAUCGGAAUAAAAUCAAGCAGGAGAAAGUUGAGGAGGAAGCAGAAGUGGAGGAGUCAGGGAAAGAAAAACUGAAUUGCUCGAUAAUCAGGCCAGAAACUGAAUUCAAGAAGAGCAAGCGACGGUUCUCCUUCCGACCUUUUCAGCGGAGUUUAACGCAAAUAGGACUAUCCCUGGCCAGGAAUGGAGUUAGUACUUACGUAAAAGAGGCCAAUGGGCAUCGAUGCCAAACGAUUGCGGAUCCAAACUAUCCGGUUUUCAAUGACGAAGGAUAUCCCAUUUCCAAAUGUCUCUACGAUUGCUACGUUUCCGGAAAGGAUUCUGAGAAUAACGCAGAAAUGGCGGUUGAUGCCCUGGAAGAUCUGAAUAUUGAAGGAUUUGAGUACGAUUCUGUACAGAAGGACAUCCCACCGAAGGAUCAUGCUGAUCAGGAGAAAGAAAUAGAAAUUUUGAAAGAGGAACCAGAAGCAAAAGCCCCUGAAACUCCUGUAGAUACUUCAGAGAAGAGAAAAUCCUUAACCCUUCCUCUGAAGUCGCUCUCAAUGGAUUCCAAUGCUGCAAACUUUCCGGAAGUCUCAAUGAAGUCAAAACCUAAGCUCUCGGGGAUUCCUCUGACUCCUUUGAUGACCAAAUUGAGCAUCCUGGCAGCCAAUGAUGAGAGAUCGAGUGGAUUUUCCAGUUGGAGCACAACUCCCGGCCACAUGGAAGCUUCUGUCCUUACUCCAAUUGAUAUCAACAAGUCCUUAAGUAGGAGAAGAUCUUCAGCUGCGAAAAUCGAGGAAGCUGACUCUUUGGAGGAAAAUGAAUCAACUUCCCAGAAAGUCGAACUCUUCAUCUGUGGCCAUCAGAAUAUGACCAUGGUCCUCCUGAUGGAGGAAAGCAGUGCUCAGAAGCAGGAAAUUGUUCAGUCAAUGUGGGAGAUUUGCAUUUCCCGACUGACCAAGAUCGAGAAUUCCCUGCAUAAAAUCCUUAACGUUAAUGUUGAUGGACUUAUGGACAAGAGUGAUGGAAACUACAGCUUCAUCUGCUUCGAUCCCAAAUGGGACGUAAUACACCGUGGAGGUCCAUGGACGGCUGAAGAACUCCUCAUUCUCGAGGACAUGCAUCAGGAUUUCAAGACAAAUUCAUCCUUCACAGAAACCAUAAUUAGAUGCGAGGACUCCAUAGUGUACGGAUAUCAAUGUGGAGAUACGCAGAUCUUCUACAAACAACCCGUCCACUCCCACAAAGGACUCCCCCCUCCAGCUGAUGCCAUGGGAAAUGUGUCUUUGAUUGCCAAAAGACGCCUCGAGCGCGAUCAUUCCGUAAUAUUGCUCUAAAUAUCACUGUAAGAGUCGAAUCUAAGAAUUCGCUCUACGAAUUAGGAAUAAAGGUGAGUAA